AUGCUGACGGGAGGACCUGCAGCAACCCUGCAACAUCGUGUGCCGCUGAUAACGGAGGAUGUGAUCACAUGUGCUCAGAUGGAUCAUCAGGGGUUUUCCUGCUCUUGCAACAUUGGCUACAGACUUCAAUCUGAUGGAACAACCUGUAGAGAUAUUGAUGAGUGUCUUGAGCACAAUACAUGCAGCUAUGGCGGAUGCAGAAACAUCGACGGGAGCUACGAAUGCACAUGUGAGAGUGGAUACGAGAUGGACCCUGAGAGCAACAGAUGCAUCAAUGUAGAUGAGUGUGAAAGAGGCCUUGCCCUCUGUCAGGGAGAGGCCCAGUGCAGAGACACUGAUGGCGCAUAUGAGUGCGUGUGUGGAGAAGGUCUGAGGGUGUCCGAAGAUGGCCUUAGUUGUGACGAUAUCAACGAGUGCCGAAGUGGAUCAGUUUGCAGUCAUGGAUGUGUCAACACUCAUGGAUCCUACAGAUGUGUGUGCCCGCCUGGAUACACCUUAUCAACGGAGUCAGAGAGCACCUGUGUUGACAUUGAUGAGUGCCUGGAGGGAGGAUGUUUACAGAUCCAGGGUGCCACAUGUCAGAACACAGCCGGUUCCUUUGUGUGCCAAUGCAACCCAGGCUACAGGCUCUCUAGUGAUCUCAGCACCUGCCAAGAUAUCAACGAGUGCUCUGAAAGGAGGCACAACUGUUGGUCAGGCUGCUCCAAUACCGAUGGCUCGUUCGUCUGCACAUGUCCGGACGGCUACAUGCUUACUUCUGAUGGCCGUACCUGCAAGUGUGGGGGUGUGUUCACUGACGCUAGUGGAAGUUUCUCGACCCCCUAUUGGCCGGUUCGAUACCCUAAUGAAAACUUUGAGUGCGAGUGGAUGGUCAGCCUCCCAAAUCCCGAGGCCACCAUUCUGUUCACCAUCGAUGACACUGCCUACGGAAUAAACGGACGCAGUCCCUGCCCCACAGACUAUGUCCAAUUCUUUGACGGCAUGGGCAAUGAUGCUACCUCCAUGGACAAACUGUGCAAGUUUGACCGACCGUCAGAUCCACUCGUGACAUCCACAUCCGAAGGGAAAGUGAUAUUCAGGGGAUCACGACAGAGCACUCGUCCCGUCAGUCGAGUCGGUGUAAUGGUCCACUAUACCACUGUGAUGCCAAUAACAGCUCCCCCUCCAACAACCACUGGAUCUACUAACCCUCCAACAACAAAUCCCACAACAGAAGCAAUAACCACUCCACCUCCUGUCAAUGAAUGCCUCAUUAGGAACGGCGGCUGCCAACACGAAUGUAUUGACACACCAACUUCGCACUACUGCUCCUGCAGACCUGGGUACUCACUGGACAGUGACCACAGGACAUGUAACAUCGACUGUGGAGGAGAACUGACUGGACCAUCAGGAAGCUUCCAGACUCCUGACUGGCCUGAGCGCUACCCACAAGCAAACUUCAGAUGCGUCUGGAAGAUAACCCGCCUGGACUCCUCACGGUUGAUCAGGUUUACCGUCGACAGUAAUCACUUUGGGAUCAAUGGCCGCAAUCCUUGCACAGACUAUCUUCAGUUCUUCGGGGGUUCUAGUCAGUCGAACCCAGUUGGAAACAAGUUGUGCUUCUUACGUCCGCCCACAGACCCAAUAGAGAUCACGAGCACAGAGGCAACCAUCGAGUUCACCGGUUCAUAUAACAAAAACCGGCCAGCGAGUCGGGUCGGAGUCAAGGUCUACUAUGAGAUUGUGUAAUGUUUUCAUGUGAAUUCACUCAGCUACACAUCACAGUAUAAUUGUGCUUUCUGUGUAAAGUGUUUGUUAGUCUUUAUGUCAAAAUCUUCUGCACAUCACUCCAUUCGUGUAUAUUUGAAAUUAAUCAUUUUUAUAACAUUAUACAGCAUAUCAUGUAAAAAUGUGUAUGGGAUUAUAAUCUACAUCUGCUGAAUACGAUACA